AUGGAGAACACGCCCUCUGCAGCUCUCUCUCAGGCCCGACACUCUAUGCCCAAGGACUUCGCCCAAGAUGACCCCAGGCCAGCACCCCUCCGUCUCUCACCUAAGGACAAGCACGCGCUUGAUGAGCCAGACACCUUGCCAGAACAACUUUGCGAGCCGAAGCCUCAGCGUCCAGGACAGGAGUCCAAGAAGGCUGGGGCUCUGGCAUUCUCCCUAUCCACACAGUCUACAAAAAGCUUGGCUUCCAUUGUAUCAAAGUUCGAGAUCCUCGAUGGCACAACCAGUCUAGAAGUCCGAGCCGCUGCCGGCCCCGAAAUAGUAGACACCGGCACAUCUCGUUCAUCAGCCAGGGGCAGCUUGAUCAGGUCAAAUGGUAGGCAAGACGGACAAAUCAACAACAUUGAGGAUUCUGCCUUUGGCGAUGGCCGCAUCAAACAUGAGCAGCCGAUCUCGACCUCAAGCUCAAGUCAGACCUCCUCUCGCAGAGGGCCGUUUGGUAUACCACGAGACUCUCAAUGUUUCAGAAAACAAUCGACUGCCGAGACAAUCGUGUAUACGUUUGAUGUAUUUACCGGCGAGAGGCAGCCCGUUACCACCCACACCGUCACGAGCGGGAGCAACAAAAGCCUUGUGGCCGAAAGACGCCAGAUCUUCGAGUCCGCCGCAGGCACAAUUGACAUCCCAGGCAACACCAAGCCACCUCCAAUGCUGGUUGAAAUGCAAAUGCCCCUGAGUUUUCUGUCAAGUCAGCAAGCUUGCCGCCGUCAAAAUACCGGAGCGGUCCGCUCCCCCCCACAGACACCAUCACCGGAGAGACAAUCCCGAUUCAGGGCCUGGCAGACGGUGUCUAAUGGGGCUACACUCCGCCAAAACGACUCGAGAGCACCGGAAAAUAGAACCCACGAAGAACAGCCUCGCCGUGGCUGGAAGGAGCCAAACCCAAUACAUCCAACAGCAUGGACCCGCAGCGUAUCCAAGACAAUCGGAAACAAGCUUGGCCAGAUUGUCCUUUCCAUAAGCGAAAACUUACAGAAGAAGAAGCUUUCCAUCCCGAAGAGAUAUAAAAGUAGAAGAGAAAUGUCUGCGCUGUGGCCACGAGCCAUGGAUGCCCUCCACUCAAGAGAUUCAUCGGGCUGCGAGUCGCCAGAGUUGGUUCCUGAGAUUAACACCUACUUGCAGGAACAUCCCGUUACUAGGACACCGCUCUUGACCAGGAAGCAGAGUAGACGGCUGUCGGAACUCAACGCAUACACUAUUCCCCGGCCGAACACCGAUAUCCAAAGCCACGGCAGACACACUACAAGCGAAAGUCUAGGCCUAACCCUCUCACCGACCAAAGUCGAAGGCAAAGCCCCCCAGAACAGAGUUGUGACUUUACGGAAAUUGUUUGACAGAAGCUCUAAGGACGGCGGCUCUCAAGGUGGCUCGCAACUAAGACGUUGUCACACUGGACCAAGGAAGAAAACGCCAACCAUUACUGGUCCCAAUGGGGCGUCAUGGCCCGACAAUGGUCGAGCGUUCCAGGCAAGAGCAUCAUUGGAAGUCCUUCCAGAACGCCGGUCACUUCAGAUGUCAACCGACAUCCGUGUGUCGAACGAGACGACUCACUCAUCACUAAAGGACUGUAUCAACGCAUACGAGUCCAUAUGCCGACCCAACAUCGAAACCACCGCAUUGGCACAUGGAAAAGCUUCGGUUCGUCGUAUGCAUAAGCAAACCCGCGGGGUGGAUUUGGAGACGAGUCUCCUUGAAAGUCGAUUCAAUAGCCUAGGCUUCAAGCGCGGUCGUGAGGCUUGGAGAAAGAUCUCGGCAUCCUGGGAGAAGAACACAUCGCACGACGAUGAUGCUAGCAAUGGAGACGAAAGCGGCCGCAAAGGACUCGCAAUGAUUAGAACAGGAGUUCUACAUGCCCGGCAAGGAUCAUAUCUGAGUGCCGGCCAUAAGAAUGAAUCACAGCCUUUGAGCAAAACGGCUGGUGGGUUGGAUGACAUACCUCUUCCGUCAGAGUUUUCAUCUCGCUAUAUCUCUGAGCCCCCUGCGACUGCCAGAACUAAGAAUCUCUCAACACGCAGAAGCAUGCCCGCCAUAAUACGCAAGCAUCGAAACGAAGUACCUCAUCUCGACGGUGUCCAUCAGCGGCGAAACACAGCUCUGCCCAUUAGUACGACCGGCCCAGUCAUUGGAUCAAGUUGGUGUCGAGCUUAG